AUGACAGCAAUGGAGAACGUCAUGUCUCCCUUACACGCAGAAUUUGUGUCACUAUUAUGGGCAAUGGAUACAAUAAAACAGAUGGGAUGCCUCUCAAUCAGGUUUGAAACAGACUGUUUUUUGCUUACAAAGCUCAUUGAUGAAGAAGAGGAGUGGCCUGCCUUGGCUACUGAAAUCGAAGAAUUCAAAUCUUUACGUUCAUGUUUUAACUCUUUCGUACUAUCAUUUAUUCCACGUUCUUCUAACGUCCGUGCCGAUUGUCUCUCUAAAGGAGCACGAGCACAUGGAGUGUCUUUUUCCCAUGUAAACUCUUUGAUCCCAUCCUGGUCUUUUGGAGCAUUCUGGAGCAUAUGGGACAGAGGAGCAUGGAGGGACUUGGCACAUGGACGCAGCUCAACUGGAUACGCAAAGAAGAGAAGAAGCCAUCUUGAACUCGACCGGCCAAGCUUCAACUCGAUCGAGCUGAGAAGUCAACAGUCAAACCCGAAAAAUGUUGCUUCCCCCUUGACUUUCCUUUGA